AAAUCAAUUGGUUUGCACUGGCUCGUAAAAAGAUAUUAGGAAUUGGAGGUUUUGACGUUCGACCUUUGUUAAAAUGAUUUACGAAAACUACUCAUACCGUAUCAUAAGACGUCUUACGACUGUCACUUUAUAAGGAUGAGGACCACGUCUUGAAAUUGCUUGUUUUUUGGCAUAAAGUGUUGGAAACAUGACCUUUGUAGUUGUUGUACGGUUUUGAAGUUUGUAUUGGCUACAGGCUUUCCCACAUGUUUGAUUACCCUACGUACGCCUAUGGUCCAUCUGUUUCAGAGAUUAAGCAGCUAAAGCAAGGAGAAAUAGAGCGACGAAAAAAGCUGAGGAUCUUACAAGUUCGAACACAAGCAAGAGAAAAUGCUAUAAAGGUUAGAAAGCUAUAUGAUGCAAAGAAACAACAGCUGUCAGACAUUAUUGCAAAGGACCUUCAGACUAAGCGUAUGGAAGAGGAUAUGAGAUUGUUGGAAGAAAAGAAGGCAGAGUACUACAACGUGAUUAGUCAGUCUGGUAUGGGUCAGAAAUCUGCAAAGAAAUGGCAUGAUCCCACUUCUGAAAUGGAACGGAACUUAUGUUUGUCUCAAACACGAGCCGAAGAUCGGUUUAAUUUCGCGUUAAGCAAACUUCAUGAAGAAAAACGAGCUCAGGAAAUUAUCAAAGAAGAGUCCGAGAAAAGGAUUAAAGAGGUCCGCAAUGCAGAAAACAAGCGUGCUGCUUUGAUUGCCUCUCUACCACCACCUAAAGAUGUUCUCCUUGAAAGGAAUGUGAAAUCGACCGUCGUUCAUGAACCUCUGGUCCUUGUAUACGAUGCUGAGGCUAGGAAUACAAUACACUCCCAGAAUUUGCCAUCAAAAGUGAUGGUAAGCAACACUAGAGCUAAUGAGGAUGAAGCAGUUGGAAAUAGUGAAGUACAAAAUGCUAAUAUUUCUGCACAAAAAGAAGAAGAACGUAUGCACGCAAUGGAGCUUGCAAAUAAUAUCCAUGCUCGUGAAGAUCUGAUCAAAGCUGAUAUGCGUGGGCGUCAAGCAAUGAGAAGAGAACGUGUACAUCAACACUAUCAAGCUUUACUCAGUCGAUUGGAUGAAAUCGGACGCAAUGAAACUUUACUUCGUAGAAGUCAGUUAUACUCUGGUAUGGCUGGUCAUUCCCGCUUUCCUAACCUACCUGGUGGUUUCAAGGAUGAAGCUGUAGUUAAUCGCCGGUUGGAAAAGGUUUUUGAGGAUGAACUGCUUCAUCAGUUGGCUAACAUAAAUUAUAAAGAAUGCAUAAAUACUGUUGAUGACGAUAAUUUAAUGAAUGGUACGAACGAAGGCAAUAUAACAUUGAAUGUUGAAGGGGAAUGUGAAAAUUCACCUACGAAGGAUAUGCCAACUACUGCUGAUUAUUCUGUUGAAGAUCAAAUCUCACUUGUAAACGAUCAAAAUUUAAAAUUGAGUAAAAGUGAUUCCACUCCAUCUGAUGAAAAUAUAAGUAUAGAAGAAAAGACAGUAUCAACUGAGAAACAACAAUCUGUGAAGUCUGCUGACCUAGGACCUGGUGAAAGACCUAUUUUACCGGAUAUUCGGCGUUGUCGUAUGCAUUCUGGAUCAUUAAGAUUAACAAAUGCUCUACAUCAUAUAACCUCAUGCAAUACUGCAUCGAAAUCAGUUAGCGGAAUACUAAAUACAUCUUUCCAGUCUUUCUCAUCAAGUAAAGCAUCUCUUGAACAGAAUCCUACUAGUACUGUUUCUACCGAGGACGAAAGUUUGCAAUUACGUCAAAGAAUACUAGAUGACGAAUUGGAUAUGAUCGAUAGACGUAUUAAUCGACUCCGUUUAAGUUGUGUUUGGGAUAGUCAAGAGAAGCAAUUUGAUUCAAUUAAGUCCAUUGAGAAUUUAAACGAACGUGAUAAAACUACUGAGAAUAUAACUCCUAGAAGUUUGCAUGCAAUUGAAGGUUGUGUAAAUGGUGAUGAUUCAGUGGGUGAUGCAAAAAACUCUUUAGGCAGUAGUGGGUCUGAGAAAGAGGUAGUCACUGUACGACCGCCAUUACCUCCAUCGCCUACACUUUCACAACCUAUCAACGCAGCUGCUUUAAAUAAAUUUUCUUCGAAAUCGGUGUUGAGUAACCAACUGAUCGAUGCAAGCGUUGGUAACACUACAUCUACUGUUGUCAAGUAUUGUAUUUCACAACCUAUAACGGGUGUUUUAGCUGAACGGGCUCAUGAACUUGUAAGAGCACAAAAGGCAGAUAUGUUGAAUCGUAAAAAAUUGGAAUCUAAUAUUUCUUCUGUGCAGUCAACUGUUCAUUCAUGUAAUCAUAGGUUUUUCAGUCCAAACUUGCAAGAUUUCUCACAAUUUUCAGAUAGAAAUGAAGAAAAUUAUGAAAAUGAAGAUGUCAGUCACUUUUCUUCAUCAUCAUCAUCAUCUUCGUUGAACGAAUCGAAACAAGUGACAAAUUCUCAUGUAAUCCAUACCCCUAGAAAACUUAUUUCUCAUAACUUCAUGAAUAACAAAAAGUGUUUAUCAAAGCAUUCUCUAAAGAAUAAGAGUGAAUAUGAAUCAUCCAUAUUAUCGGAAACACCUUCACUCAUUUCAAACAAACAUGUACAAUCAUUCACCAAUAAAACUACUGAUGAAGAAGAAGAAGUGUUCCAUCCAAAUGAUAUUAUUAUCGAUGAUAUCGAUGUUGAUCAUGAGGAAGAUAAAACGCUAUAUCCUAUUUCUAGUUACUCGAACACCGGUGAUAUACAUAUGACUGAUAGUCGUCUUUCUAAUCAACCACGAGAGGCAAGUAACAUUCAAUCACCAAGAGAGACAACUAUAGAUCUUCCGAUAAAAAUGUUUCACAAAUCUAAUUUACUGACCCAAUUAGAUCCCUCUUCGAAAACAAUGUCACAACACGAUAGUUUAGUAAACAUUCCAUCUAAAGACGCUUUUUCUCCACCAUCAACAUCGCCUUCAUUGUCGACAUCAAUUACUUCACCAUCGUCUACUGGACCCAAAGAAACAGUCCUCUUGUCAAGUUCUGAUAAACCUCAGAUAUCAGAAUCCUCUACAUCUGAUUCUUUGAAGGCUGAAUUGAAAGCACUCCUGACAUCUUCGCUAAUCACCUCAAUUAUUAGUCAUACAUCUGGUUUAACUGAAACAAGCGAUCUAUAUAAACUACUCAGUUCACAAAGUUUCUUGUUAUCAUCAACAUUAUCUGGUGGAUUUCAAAAUACGAAUAUGCAAACAACGCUAAACCAUAUUUCUAGUUUAACUAGAUCUUCGUCUGAUAAUGAAACAAUUCGUCCGGUUACAACGGGUUCUUCAUUGUCUUCUCCACAUCUUUCACAAUCAUCCCAACAUAGUUUAGUCCCUAAAAAUGAUCAGUUGGUUGCACCAUCAGAAUCGGAUAUAUGCUCCACAGAACGACUUGUAUGUGAUGGCAAUGCGGACUAUAUAUCGCCCAAUGAAAAUUCUUCGAGUAAAACCUUAAUGAAAAGUCAUCUAGUCAAAACAUUAAAACAACGUGUUCUUAAUAAAUAUAUACGUGCUAACAAAGAAUGGAUACUAAACUUAUCUGGCUUGAAUCAAAGUAAAUUACCAUGCACUCAACCGUUAUCAACAUCAGGUUCAGUCGAGGAAUUUCAUAGUCUUUCUGAAGCAACUGAUAGUAAUGGAAUCAAUUGGUCUCAUACACAAGUUGAUUCAUCACGACAUGCAAGUCAAGCUUCUUUCGUAAGCAAACCUUCAAGCUUAUCAAGGAGCUAUGAGAAGGAUGAAACUAUGCCUAUAAUUCAAACGUAUACUCCACUAAGUAAUCAUUCAGUACGUUUUAAGCCAUUACCUCGGUUAGAUGAAGCAACCUCUGAAGAGUCUAUACAUACUAUUCAAGUUGCUUCUGAUUUCAACAAUCUCUCUAAUACGCCUUCAUCAUGGACAGAUAGUAGAAAGUCAUCUGAAUUUGGUAACUUAUCCAGUUAUUCUGCAUCAAACUCAAAUAUAACAAGUUCAGCUGAUGUUGCAUUCAAAAAUCAAUCUGUUAAAUCACCGAAUCAGGCUGUUUUAGUCAGUGGAACCCAUUCUCAGUCAUCAAAAUCUGAAAAAGAUUCUGGUGAUGAUGAUACAGUUCACCGACUAUGUGCUAAUAUUCCAUGUACACCAGUGGAACCAACAGAAGCUCAAAUUGUACUCUGUUUAGGUUCUAAAUUAUCAUUGAUAUCUUCAGAUAAAUCAGACAAUAUUGUAUCUAAUGUUAAUGAAGAAAAACUAAAUAGUCCUCAAUGCUCAAUACCUCUUAUUGAUCAAUGUGGUGAUCAAGUAUCACAUAUUAAGCACGUACAGUCAUCAAAAGUUAUAGAUUCCAAUGGUGUUUGGGAUACUAACUCUAAAGAACUCGAAGUGGUUACAACAAAUGAAAAAUCAUCUGUAAUCAGCACAAAAACAAGCGAUGAAAUGUUAACUGAAGACGCUCCUGCGUAUGUAUACUGUUUUAAUACAGUUGAUGGGAAUGAAAAAGAUGAUACUUUACAGACUCGUCGACCAUCAAGUCCUGCUGAAGGAGCAGUUAGUGAAUUUCCUUCUCAUCAUUAUGGAAACGUCCAAAAUUUCAGUAAUUCUUCUUCGUUACCAUGUGUUUUUAUCGAAGGUUUAAAUGCAUCUGAAGUAGAUCAAAUAAAGAAAGAAACUUCUGAUUGUUCACCACAACACUAUGCAUCUGAUAAUAAUCUGAUAUUGCUUAUGAAGAUGAAAAUGCCUGAAAACAACUCAAUAACGGCUUCGUUAUUGUCUUUUCAACGCAAUGAAAUACAUUGUGAUGUUUUAGGUGAUUCACGAUCUCCUGAAACUGACGAUGUAAAAAAUCAAUUUCUGCAUGCUUCACCUGACAGUGUAAGCGCUAAAGAUAUUUCUGCCAAUGCUGAUAUAUUAAGAAAAGUUUCAGUCAAUCAGAAAUUAUCACUUGUUCCCAGUAAACAUGUAAUCAGCAAGCAAACAUCUAAAGGAUCUCCAUCAAAGCCAUCUAAUUAUAUACGUCCUAACCGUUGUAUGGCUAAGGAUUCCGUUAGAAUAAAAUCACAACCACCUAGACGUACUAUGUCUAGACAGAGAUCUGUUGGUCAUGGAUUCCUUCGAAGUAGUGCUUCAAUUGUACAAUCAUCUGUAAAAAGUAAAUGUCAUGGUGCAGGUGUUUCACGCUCUCAGAAACUUUCCAGACCACCGUCUUCUACUUUGACAGUUUGCAAGUCUUAUUCACAGUGUACUAGUGUGACAAAUUCAUCAUUGAUGCAUGAAUUAUCAGUGCCAGUGUGUAUGCUUACUUCAAAGAGUGCAUGUUGUAAUGGAACGAAGACUCCUGCAUCAUAUGGAUGCAAACAGUUAAACCCUGUUGAGCAAGCAAAAGCUUUACAAAUGGAGCUGUCACAAUGGCAGCGGAAGCGCUUGGGAUAUCGUAAAGGGUUCAGUGAUCAAGCUAUGUCACUAACUGCUAGCUCUGUUCCAAUAUCAACGGCUUCGUGUGUUGUAAGUGGUGGGGAUACUGGCACUUUUAUAACUGCUGAUGAUACCAUCCAAGAUAUGAAUAAUCAACCGCAAAAUCCAGUGUCAUAUAUUUCGGAAAGUUUAUCUCACAGUUUCACAGAUCAGUCUUUAGUUGAUUUAACUCUGAAAGAUGUUAACCAAUCGCCUGUGUCUUAUUUUGUUGAUAUGGACGCUUUAGAUUCUUCUUUGACAGUUUGUUCAGGUAAUGAACCGGUUUCUAUUCAAACACCUGAAAUGAAUAUCACUGUUCAAUCACCGAAGUCGGUUGCCAAAGUCGAUGUUUAUAUGGAUUCUCACAUGUCUAACAAUAAAAAAGCUUAUAAAGAUUCAGGUGAUUUGAAGAAAGCAGAUCAUGUUGGUCUUAGACAAUCUGGUGUUACAGUAUGUACCCAUCGUUCAUCUUCAAAAUUACACGAACAUCAUAAUCCAGCAUCUUUCACUCUUGACCGUCACAAGCAAGCUCAUGCUAACCGUUUGCGCGUAAAAGAAUUUGAUCGUAUUAGACGGGAAAAGUUGAUGAAACGAAGAGUAUAAAUCAAACUGGAAUAUUAUGACCGCUAUUUGAUUUAUUCCAUGUUCGACUAAUCAGAUGUGAUUUACUCUUUAUACCUGAUGCAAAUGUAAACACUAAUUUUGUUCAUAUCCCAUUCUUUUCCGUUUGAAAUGAAGUCUUUCUGCUUAAUAAUUAGUUACCAUUCUUUUCUUCAAUUUUCUUUGUAGACUUUCAUGAAGUAGAAUAUUACCGGAAGUGAAUACCAACAUAAUAGUAUGCUAGUUUUCCUACAAGAUCUGCUUGGUGACAGUUGAUGCGUCGCUAUAUGUGAUCGUUUAACUUUCUGUAUGCAAAGUUGCUUAUUCGCUCAUUGUUUCUAGUGGUAUUAAGGAAUAGGUUUUAGUGUUUUUGAUCUACCUGUUAUCAUUAUUCGGUAAUUGAUGAAACCAGGUUCUACGAAAGUGUUCC